AACACGGGAAGUGGAAGAGAGGAAAGGGGGGAACCUCGUGACGGAGAAGAGAAGAAGUGGGAGCGAUCUGGGUCGAGACGGAGUGAGUGCCCGACAGAGACAGAGAGAGAAGAAGGGAGAGGAUUCACGGACUGAGCACCACACAAUCGCUCAUCCCAUCAGGAUGGCCACAACCACCCAUCUCCCGAGCUCCUCUUUCUCCCCGACACUGCAGUUCAACACGACCACUGUCUGGAACUACGUCGCCUGGAACACCUCCCAAACCAUCGUGACCCGGCUCUCCAAAAGCACAGACAAGACGCCGGAAACCUCCACCAGCACUGCCACCUUAAUAUACGCGGCCAUAACCAUCUUGACCAUCGUCUUCGUCCUGGGCAGCAUCGGCAACUUCUUGGUCAUCUGGAUCCUGGGCUUCAAGAUGAAGCGCACGGUGGUGACCCUCUUCUUCCUGCACCUGUCCAUCGCCGACUUCAUCUUGGUGCUGCAGAUCCCCGUGGUCAUUGCCCCCAUCGCUAUGGACUCGCACUGGGCGAUGGGCACGGCCGCGUGCAAGCUUCACACGUAUGCCUUCGUCGUGAACAUGAACGCCAGCGUCUACUUCCUGACGCUCAUCAGCCUCGACCGCUACGCCGCUCUGCUGCACCCCGUGUCCUCGCUGCCCCUGCGUCGCCUGCACUUGGCCCGGUGGCUCUGCCUGGCCGUGUGGCUCCUCGCCAUGCUGCUGAGCCUGCCGCCUCUCAUCUUCCGCACGACUCGAUGGACAAACGAGGGCUUCGUGGCCUGCUACAACAGCUACGGCGAAGACUUUGACGUGCAGGCGCGGUGGGGCACGGCCAUGAAAAUAAGUCGAUUCGUGCUGAGCUUCGCCGUUCCGUACGCCGUCAUGAUCUUCUGCUACUGUCGCAUCGGGGCGAGGCUGCGGCGCGUAGACAAGACGCGUCGCGGCAACUCGCUCAGAAUCAUCGUGGUCGUGGUGGUGGCGUUCUCCGUCUGCUGGGCGCCGUACCACGCCAUCGGACUGAUGGAGGCCGCCUCCUACGUUCAGGACGACGAGAGCUUGUUGACGGCGGCAGAAUGGGCAGACCCCGUGAUCUGGGGAUUCGCGUUCAUCAACAGCUGCAUCAACCCGAUCCUCUACGUGUUCAGCGGCUCGGAUCUCAAAGCCCGUUUCAGGCGCUCGCUCGUCGCCGCCAUCGAGAACGCGUUCAGAGACCACGAGCCGUUGGAUUCGGGGCAGGACAGCAGGAGCGGACACACGGCGCAGUCGCGGGACCUCGUCGACAUCGCCAUGGUCAGCACCGACGUGAUCAGCACCAACAUCAGCAGUGACUCCAAUGGUAAUGCGGAGGGCGGCCGCGUUGACGGGACGCGGGUUGCCUUGGUGCAGGAGGAACGGGUUUAGGGGUGGCCACCUUGAGGGAUCUGCGCCACGAGAAUUCCAUUUGUUUUCAUAUCAAAUCGACACCCCUGGGUGUUGUUUGUUUGACAAGCUCGCUUCUACUGAAUGAUAUGAAGGAUUGCUGCUGCAAUUAGUGGUGAUGAUGAUUGAUGAUGAUGGUAGUGAUGAUGAUGAUUACGGUGGUCAUGGUGAUAGUGACGUUGAUAAAAAUGACGAUGGUCGUGAUAAUGAUGAUGACGGUGGUAGUGGUGAUAGUGACAAUGAUGAUGACACACACCAUGAUUGAGGAUUAUUGAGGUGGUGGUGGCGGCCAUGAUGGUGGUGAUGAUAAAAACAAUGUUACGGUUUAGGGUUAUGAUUUGAGGUAUCGAGAGACUCUUCUACUUAUCAACAUUUGACUUACGAAUUUUCAGAGAUAUGAACAAACCUGGUCCAAAUGUCCAGUUGCCUGUGAGGACCGAGAGUCGUAAGUUCAACUGCCGUGCAAUAGAUGGCGGUGGUGGCAUCUACAUCUGCAGAACGUGAAGAACCAGUGGCAUCUACAUCUGCAGAACGUGAAAAACCAGUGGCAUCUACAUCUGCAGAACGUGAAGAACCAGUGGCAUCUACAUCUGUAGAAAAUUAAG